AUGAAUCGAUUGCUCUUGCAAAAACUCAUGUCGGGUUCGAUAGCGACAACACCCAGCCCUACUUCAACAACAACAACAACGAAGAAUACUCAUCCGAGUGCAGAGGGAAGUAAACAUUUGAACGGAAAUUCAACAACAUCUUCCGAGAUGAAUGGAACAUUAAACAAUCCGAUGGAUCAUCCCAAUGGCAAACUUGAUGGCAGUACUACUACUUCUCCAAUAAUAUCGGAUCAUCCACAACAUGACGAAUCAUCUCGGAAAAAGCGAUCACUGCCUCCAUCAAUGGAAGAAAUUGCAAAGAAAAAGAAUAAGGAUCUUGAAGAAGAAGAAAAACCAGUGUUUGUUCCAAAGAAAGAACGGAAAAUGGAUAUCAACACGAGAAUGCAAAAUGAAAACUCCGCUCAGAACUCAGAGCAGGAUGAUAAUCGUUUUAAUAAUUUAGCUUCUAUUAACAUUGUAGAUCCAUUAGAAUUAAUAGACAAAAAAGAAAUUGAAGAUAUCAAAUCAGAAUAUAUGGAGAAAAAAACGACAAGGAGAAGAAAACAACGAACAAAUGAAAAAACUAAAGUAUCUUUUGAAUGGGAUGAAAAGGAUGACACAACGGACAAGACAAGUAUUAUCAGCGCAAUUUCAUCUUCGGGCACGAAAAAAACAACGCCAAAGAAGAUCAAGAUGGAGGAUGAACGAAAUUGGAGAGAAAAGAAAAUUCAUGAGAUGACUGACAGAGAUUGGAGAAUUUUCAGAGAAGAUUUUGAUAUUGUGGUAAAAGGAGGAAAAGUGCCAAAUCCAAUCCGUAGUUGGGAAGAGACCACGCUGCUACCACUUGAAAUUUUGAAUGCUUUAACAGAUCUUAAAUUUUCAGAGCCAACACCUGUACAAAAACAAUGUAUUCCAAUUGCUAUGGAAGGCCUUGAUCUUGUUGGCUUAGCCCAAACAGGUUCAGGUAAAACUGCUGCGUACAUCAUUCCAUUACUGUGUCAAAUAGCCAAAUAUCCAAGAUUAGAUGACGUGCGAGGUAAGGAUGGACCUUAUGGUCUCAUCCUUGUCCCAGCACGUGAGUUGGCCGAACAAAUUGAGAGGGAGGCAAAUCAAUUCGCGAGACAAUUUGAUUUUAGAGUGAGAGCAAUUAUUGGUGGUGUGAGCAUUGAAAAACAAAGUAGAUUAAUGAGAGAGGGUUGUGAAAUUCUUGUUGCCACCCCUGGUCGUCUUAUUGACUGCCUCAACAAUAGUAUUAUUGUUUUGAAUCAGUGUCAUCACAUUGUGUUGGAUGAAGCAGACAAAAUGAUUGAAAUGAAUUUUGAAAAAGAUGUAAAUACCAUUUUAGACACCAUACCACCGAAUAUUAGCAGGCAGACAUUACUGUUCAGUGCAACCAUGCCACCUCAAGUGGAAAACAUUGCAGCAAAAUAUCUAAAGAGAAGAGUGACAGUUGCUAUUGGUGAAGUUGGUCAGGCAGUCGAACGUAUUGAGCAAGAAGUUGUUUGGGCAAAGAGCGACCAUGCUAAAAGAAAUCUCCUUGUUGAGAUUCUCUCUGAGGCUGAUCCUCCAAUCAUUAUAUUUUGCAAUCUCAAGAAGGAAGUCGACGCUCUUUCUACAUUUAUUACCAACGUUGGAUUUAAAGCUACCACUUUGCAUGGUAGUAAGACUCAAGAGCAACGUAACAAAUCUCUAGAGGCCUUCAAAUCCGGUAAAUUCGAUGUCAUGAUUGCCACCGACGUGUUGGGAAGAGGUAUUCACAUUACUGGAGUCACACUGGUCAUCAAUUACUCACUUCCAAAAUCAAUUGACACUUACACUCACAGAAUUGGUAGAACAGGUCGUGCAGGUCGAACGGGUCGAGCAAUAUCAUUCCUCACCAAUGAAGAUACUGAAAUCAUGUAUCCUUUGAAGAAAAUGUUGGAAGACACUAAGAACAUGGUGCCAGAAGAGCUAGCCAAGCAUCCAGCGGCUCUUCAAAAACCUGAAAAGAAGAAGGGAGGUGAUCAACAACGAGCAUCAUCCUCAACCGGCGAUGAAGAUGGUUACACACAACAUCAAGAAGAUGAGGAUCAAAUCAUGCAAGAAUAG